AUGCAUUGUCUAUUGUUAGCAUCCAACAGAGAUGACGAUGAUGGAACUGUCGUGUCUGUUUUUAUUUCAGAUUUAAAAAAAAAAGGAAUUCACGAGUGUGAGGUAUGGACGAUAGAUGCGGAGGGCCACAAACAGUGGGAAAGAUGCAAGAAAAACCCCGGGCACUUACAAUUUAUCCCAGCAAAACAGUUUUCAUUUGAACAUCUUCCAGAGGCUUUCAGAGAUGAGGAAGUAACUGCAAAGCUAGUUGUGAAAUACACAAGCCUCGACAGGCCACCUGGUUACCCAUUCCAUAACUAUGGGGGUACAGAUAUACCCCAUACAGGUAGCGGUUUUCUGUAUUGCUAUGAGUAUGAUGAGAUUUACGAAUAUUUUGACCUAAAUUAUAUGUUUUGUCCUUGUCCUGAGUGUAAAGAGACAGAUGCUCCUCGCCGGCAAUGGGGCUAUGUAUCUGUGUAUACAGCAAAACACGUUGUAUACGAUACAUCAGAAGCAGAAAAGACCAUUGUGGAAGUGAACUUUAACGAUGAUAAUCAGGAUAGCGGUGUGAGAAUAUUAUAUGGGAUUAAUGCCAUUUCGGUCAGCAAUCAAGAGGAGUGGACUAUAAUGGAGUGUGUUACACAUGAUCGAGAUCUGUGGGUUAAACUGUAUAAAACCUACAGCUACCUAUUAGAUCUGAAGGACAGAGUUCACGAAAAGUAUUGGGAGAGCCCAUCCCGAUUGUGUCUGAUAGUGUCUCAUCCGCACGGAUGGAUCAAGCAGGUAACAUUUGGGAAGUGGAUCAAAAGACGAGUGCUUCAGGUGGAUGGCAAUGGGGACGAGCUGUCAGCAUACGCAUACGACACAGCAACAUGCAAGGGCAGCAGCGGGGCACCCGUGUUGAUUCUCGGGAUGAGAGGGGCGCAGAACGGGCACAGGACAUGGUUAUCCCGUCAUCACGUGCAUAGCGGAUAUAAGGGCAAAUACAAUGUAAGCGGGGUGGAGAGCGAGAGAAAUGUAGAGCCAGAUGACCAGGCAGACAGUGAUGGUCAUGGCAGUGGAUGA